GCUCACGGCCCACAUUGAAACAGAUCCUGUCCCCGUUGCCCGACUGGUCGUUGACGUUGACGAAGGAGACCUUGACCGGGUUGGAGCCCUGCGAGUUGAAAGGCACUCUGUUGGGGCGGCUGUAUUCAGAGUGAGUGAGGAGUUUAUAGACGCCUUCCCGGGUGGUGAACUGAGUUUUGAUUUCGUUCAUCUCCUUCCCUCCUCCCUCCGCCGCCAUCUUUGAAAUUAACAUUCAUCCCUUUCCUCCAAGCCGGAUCUUACGCAGUGGAGGGGGCGGAGAGGAGUGGGGCCAGUGCGGGUCUCCCACCACACCACGGUGUUUUCGUUUUCCUGAUUCCCGGGGACGGUAAAUGCACCUUACAAUGGUCUCCGUAAAUUGGUGGCGAAUAGAACGUGAGGUGCCUUCAUAAACCCCCGGAAUUCAGAAACAACGACAUGAUCGACAUAUGCCAUCAUAACAAAGUUAGAGGGGUUUUCUUUAAAAAAUUACAUAAAAUGUACCUUGUACAGCAUUUCAUGAAAGGUUUUAGAGUUGUUAUUUAUACUAAUUGUUCAGUGUGUCCUGGAACUCUAUCACAUAUUUUUGGCUACGAAAAUAUGGAAGGAUGUGCCCGUUUACGGCAAGUGUGACGUCAUGGUUUAAAUGAGUCGCGCGCGCUCUACCUGGCCCAUCGAAAGCAUGGCUCACCGUAGGCGACGACGACCAAAUUUAAACCCAGGUAAUAACUUGAUGCACUCUGAAGAUGGACUGGUUUUGAAGUAAAGACCUCAACACAAGCAGUUUUUUUAAACUGAUUUUUUCCCUUCCUCCCUUUAGACCCCAGUGACAGUGGCAAAACGAGCAACAUGGAGCAGCUCGCCUUCAAAUACAAGGAGAUGUGUAAAGUGGAGUCCAGCACUGAUUCUGACUCUGAGAUUAGUCCAAGAUGGUCAGACACCAGCACCAUGGAAUGUGUGAGCAGCGCCCCAGAAAGUGGCAGCUUAAGACGGACGUUGCCACUGGUGCACGACCCUGCAGGACGCCAGGGAUGUUACUCUUUGUUUUUGGAUCCGUAUGACGGGAGCUCUGAGGAUUCUGACGACAUUAACAUGGAUCCCAGUGCCCCGAGCAGGCGAACCAGGCAGCACGGGGGUCGCUUCCAACGUCGGAGCAGGCGUUUUAUCCUUCACUCUCCUCAGUCCACUGCCUUUAGACCAAUGGUGGAACCCACAGAGAGAGUGAGGGAACAGGGGUGUCAUCUUGUGGAUGUGCACAUGAAGUGUGUGGACGACUCUGAGGUUUGGCUGUGCGAGCUGACCGAGGAUCUGACCGGCAGCCAAGCGGCAGCGGCGGGCAUCCAAGUGCACUGCCGACUCCACCGUGACACCCGGUUGCCCGAGAGCUCCUCUGAAAGACCGGCCAACCCGUGUAACGUCCGGGUGGUGCUCAAGAGGAAGCUGGCUGUGCCCGCGGCUGAUGGACUGGAGCAAAAAAAGAAGCAGCGUGUGGUCCACAUGGCGGAAGAUGAAGAAGGAGGAGGUGAUUCUGCAUCAGAAGCAUGCGAAAGCCCGGUCAAGUGACUUUGAAAUGUACUUUGUUUACUGCACUCUUUAUUACUUGUUCUACCUCAAGUGUUACCAGUUACAAAAAAUAUUUUUUUUGUUGGAUUUCAAAGUUGACUCCAGUGACCCCUCAUUAUUCGCGGUCGAGAAGGGCCGAGCCCAGCCACGAAUAGCGAUAAUCCGCAAGUAAUCAACAGCCACCCAAAACGUUUGCCUAUAAAUUCCACAAGAUGGCGGCAAAGCACUUUGUUUUUUUCCUAUUGUACAAGGCAAUGGCCUGACUCAAUAAAGCUCCUCCCUUCAGUUCAACAAGAUAUACAGCAGCUGCUUGGCACCAAAGCAAUAUUUUUAAAUUACAAAUGGCAUUGGCUUUAGUGCAAAAACAGCAUAUAACGGAUGGUCCCCCCCUCCCUGUCAUUUAAAAAAAAAAAAUGCAAAUAUGUGGGGGUUCACUGUAUAUUUUAUUUGUAAUAAUUUCUGUAAGUGUACAUGGAGAAUGGAAGCUCAGAUUUAUUUAAAAUUAUACAUGACAUUGGUAUUUAGAAAUGUUUUCUUGGUUCUAUGUUGUUUUGAAUCUGUUGAGGUCAAACAGUACAACAAAAUAAAUUCAAGUUCUCAAUGAUA